GGGCCUAUGAUCUGACAGCACUCACACACUCAGUGUGGAUAUGGCGCCGCUGCACCGUCACGGGAGGAAUUUUCACUUCUCCGUGGGAAUUUGCCAGUCACGUAGCCGCUGUUCACGGGGAUGAGACAUGGCGAUGGAGGACGAGGAGCGACACACGGCGGUGGUCACGACCGACACCACUGCCUCCAACAAGGGAGGGGAUGUCGGGGAGAGCGGGGCUUGUAUCGACAGGCAGCCGGACACGGUGGUCCAGCCCGCGGGGCUGAAUCAGACUGCGGGUCGGGGCAGCCGCAUUCGUCCUGGAGCUCCUGCUGCAACCGGGAUCCGGGUGUUGAAGCAGCGGAACAUGAAGAGGAACGGGAGCCGCGGCUGUGUCACAAGAAAGACCAGGUUUGGAUCGCGAGAGCGGGACUGGUUAAAGGGGGACACCAAGCGCGGCUGUCUGUGUCUGUACGGAGGGACGGUGGACCCUCAGCCCUCGGCGUCCACCCCUCAGACCGACCUGCAGCUGGUGCUCUGCUCCACCAGCACCACUGUGGAGGAGCUGUGUGCUCAGAGGGACGGACGCGGACUCUACGUCCAGCUGCACGGAGACCUGCUCAGGAGGCUGGAUUCUUCUGAGCGUCCGCUCCAGAUUCUCUACGACUACCUGGCGUCGAUGGGUUACGCAGACGCCGUGCGGGUUCAACAAGAAGCGGCCAACUCUGACCUGAGCUGUUUGAUCCGCUUCUACAGUGAGCAUCCCGUUAAUCCCGACCAGCAGGAGCGCACGCUGCUGAAAGGCGUGUUCAGCGUCAGGAAGGGAAAGACGCAGCUGCACAAGUGGGCGGAGCGUAAGGUCAUCCUGUGCGGCACCUGUCUCAUCGUAGCCUCGGUCAAAGACAGCCUGACGGGGAAGCUGCACAUCUUACCCCUGGUGGGGGGAAAGGUGGAGGAGGUGAAGCGGAGACAACACUGUCUGAUGUUCAGCUCCGCCGGGUCACAGGCCCAGACGUACUUUGUCAACUUUGACACGCUCACAGACUUCCAGCGCUGGCACCGGCAGGCGUCGAAGGUGGUGUCUCAGACAGUCAGCAUGGUGGAUCUGUCCUGCUACAGUCUGGAGGCUGUUCCUGAAUAUCUGUUCUACUGCCAGGACAUCACUCACCUCAACCUGCGACACAACUUCAUGAGUGUGCAGGGACCUGGAGGUCUGCUCAACCUGCCCAGGUUUUCUCAGCUGAAGAGUCUCAACCUGUCUCACAACCGUCUGGGUGUGUUCCCAGAGUGUGUGUGUGACAUCGUCACACUGACGGAGCUCAACCUCUCGUGCAACAACAUCCACACUGUCCCACUGCAGACCGGCAACCUUCACAGCCUGCAGACUCUGUGUUUGGAUGGAAACCACCUGAGCUCUCUGCCUGACGAGCUGGGCGUCCUCUCCCAGCUCAGCAGCCUGGGUCUGUCCUUCAACAGCUUCUCUCACGUCCCUGUGGUGCUGGAGAGACUGAGCGCUGUGGACAAACUGGCGAUGGCUGGGAACAGAGUGGAGACUCUGGAGCUGUGUUCUCUGGCCAGGAUGAGCCACGUGAAGAACAUCGAUCUGCGACUGAAUGGACUGCGCCGGGUGAAGAGUGAGAGUCUGGAGGCGGUGACUCAGCUGACGCAGCUGGACUUACGGGACAACUGCCUGCACUCGCUGGACCUCAGCUCCAUCUGUAACCUGGAGACUCUGCACUGCCAGCGGAACCAGCUGGGGGCGCUCACGCUCAGCGGGUUCACGCUGCGCAUGCUGCAUGCCAGUAGCAACCGUCUGACAACAGUCAACGUCUAUCCGGUCCCGAACCAGCUGACAUACAUGGAGCUGUCCCAGAAUCUUUUGGAGUAUCUUCCUGACUGGGUGUGUGACUGCAGGAAAAUUGAGAUGUUGGACAUAACACACAACCUCCUGUCUGAGCUUCCCUCCAGGCUGUUCAACAGCUUGAGUUUGAGAAAGCUGCUGGCAGGAAACAACUGUUUGCAGAGAGUGCCUGACCUUCUUGACCAUGUCCCUCUGGAAGCUCUGGACCUCCAGCACAACAAACUCACCCAACUCCCCGAGAGUCUCUUCUACAAAGCCUUAAACCUAAAAUCCUUGAACGUCUCGGCCAAUUCCCUGGAAAGUAUUCCUCCAAGUAGCCAAUCAGAGGAGAGCCUCAGCACACUCCAGGAACUCUACCUGAGCGGGAACAACCUGAACGAGAACUGUGGUGCUCUGCUGGCUGGACACCACAACCUGCGCGUCCUUCACGUCGCCUACAACCAAAUGCUCUCCUUCCCGGCCAGUAAGCUGAGUAAACUGGAGCUGCUGGAGGAGCUCAAUCUAAGUGGAAACAAACUAAAGACCAUCCCGUCCACGGUGUCCAGCUGUAAGAGGCUGCACACCCUCAUCGCACACUCCAACCACGUCACCGUCUUCCCUGAAAUCCUCAACCUGCCCGAGAUCAAGCUCGUUGAUCUGAGCUGUAAUGAGCUGACUGAGAUCCAGUUGCCGGACUCUCUGCCUCCGACUCUGCAGGAGCUGGACCUGACGGGCAACAGCGGCCUGAUGCUGGAGCACAAAACCCUCAACCUCUUCAGCCACAUCACCACUCUGAAGUUAGACCAGAAAUGUGCCAGCACAGCUGGAGACUCACUGAGCGUCUCCACUCCGUGGAACCACGGCUACUCUGAGAUGAGCGGCCAGAGAAACAAGUUGUGCGUGUCUGUGCUGACCGUCGACCACUUUGGAGACGGCGUGGAAGCGUGUUACGGAAUCUUCGACGGUGACCGCAAUGAGGAAGUGCCUCGGCUGCUGCAGUGCACCAUGGGAGAUGUGCUGUGUGAGGAGCUGCAGCACUCGAGUGUCGACCGCGUCUACAUGUGCAACACUUUCCUCACCUCGCACAGGAAACUGGGCAUGGCUGGUCAGAAGUUGGGCGCUUCCGCCUUACUGUGUUACGUCCAUCGUAACCUGUCGGACCCCGGAGGAUCCCUCAGCCUCACCGUGGCCAACGUGGGCACAUGUCAGGCCGUGCUUUGCCGGGACGGCCGACCGGUUCCUCUGUCCAAGGUUUACAGCCUGGAGAACUGCGUGGAGGAGAUGGAGAGAGUGAAGCUGAGUAAAGCCAUCAUCACAGAGGAUAACAAAGUGAGUGGAGUGACGUGCUGCUCUCGCCUGCUGGGCUGCUCUUACUUGUCUCCCUGGGUGCUUCCAAAGCCCUGGGUGCAAACGGAGCCUCUGUGUGUCCAGGACAAGUUUCUGAUCCUGGGGAACCGAGCGCUGUUUGAAUGGGUCUCUUACCAGGAGGCCGUGUGCACCGUGCAGGCCGUGGGAGAUCCACGCGCCGCGGCCAAGAAGCUGUGCACGCUGGCCCAGAGUUACGGCUGCAAGGACAACAUCGGCGCCGUGGUGGUGUCGCUGCACGUCGGUGAGGACAGCUGCACCUGUGAGCCCACAGUGGUCUCCGCCCCCGAGCCGCGAGCUCCUCCUCCUGCUCCAGCGCCGGUGACCGUGACUCCAGGCCCCGGCGACGCAGCCGCGCUCUCGUCCAGCAGCGGCGUCGCCUCCGAGUUCAACAGUGAGACGUCGGCCUCUGAGGUGGGCAGUGAGGCGGGGUCCACGGCGUCAGACGAGCAGCAGUCGUCUGGCCUCGCCCCUCGCCCAGAGAGACGCUGCAGUCUGCACCCGGCUACUUCACUGUGCGGGAUCAUGGUUCCCGGCUCGGCCGGAGCAGGACCUCACCCGGGUCUGUUCCAGCGUCAGCCCUCCUGUGCCACGUUCUCCAGUAACCAGUCUGACAACGGCUUGGACAGUGACGACGAAGCGCCGCUGGAGGGCGUCAUCUCCAAUGGCAGCAGGUUAGAGGUGGAGGUGGACAUUCACUGCUGUGCUUUCCAGCUGCGCUCGGCGUCGUCCGACAGCUCCAGAGACUUUGACAGUGAGAAGCAAAGCUCGGACUUCGGCAGCGCUAGAACGCGCAGACAGAACAGUGUCGUGGUCUCGGCCACUAACGGUUGCCUGCUGGCUGUGUGUGGCAGGGAAAUUGCUGACCUGAAGAAGUCUCCGUCCACAUCCAGCCUGUUUGUAAAGAAGCUGUCUAACGGUUCUGUGGUGGCUCCUGAAGACAGUCAUAACCUUAUUGAAGUGGCCCUGGAGGCUCCCAAGAAGAAGUCCGGCUACUUCACGGCCCCGGCGCAGCAGGACCCUGAAGAUCAGCUGAUUGUUCCGCCAAGUCUGGAGCAGGAGGUGAGGGAGCAGCUCCGAGGUCAGAGUCCUGCACCUUCAUCAGCACCUGUGUGGGAUCAUCCUCACCCUCCUGUGUUCACCUCAAACCUGGUUCCAGGUCCGGGCCCGACUCCCAUUCUGCAGCAGGAAGUGUAUGACACUGCGCUGUAGAGGGGGCGUGGCACAGCAGAGGGGGGCGUGUCACGCAGCUGUGUUUCUGUGGUUGUGCCAUUCCAGGAAAGAAGAGCGCGUUCUUUUCUCAUACGUGUGGAAUUCAAGUUGCCAUUCGGACGUUUUUGUGAGGACGAGGAGUCGCGCGCGUGUCACGUCACUGACGUCACUGACGUGACACGCGCGACACGCGACAGUAACCGUGUGUGUGCGUGGUCUGAGGAUCCACUCGGGACACGAUGCUGUGAAGAGGAUUGGCUGGAAAUCAUCGAUCAUCGUCAACCCGGCCUGAACGAGGAAACCUCAUGUGUUUAAACGCGUCAGCAACAUUUCCCUUUACUUGGAAAGUCGAGCAGUGUGUGUGUGUGUCUGUUUGUGUGUGUGUGUGUGUGUGUCUGUGUGUC